AUGACGUCACGCCGUCGCUUAGAUACGGUUGUAAACUUUUCCGGUUGCUGGGGAGCGUUCGAUUUGUAAACUUUUACCCUGCUUGCGGUUUGUUGUCAUUCUGUUGUGAGUUUGUUGUGAGUUUGUUGUGAGUUUGUUGUGAGAUUAUUGUGAGAUUAUUGUGAGAUUAUUGAGAGAUUAUUGAGAGAUUCUCUGAUGGCAGCAACUGAAGCUCCGGAGGUUCUGAAUCUACAACUAGAAGCUGUUAUUGGGUUCAACGGUCAUGUGUUCUCUGGACUGCGAGUUCACCCUGACCAAGAGCACAUCGUCUACCCGCUCGGCUGCACGCUGAUCAUCAAGAACCUGCUGGACGAUAAGCAGAGCUUCCUCCAUGGACACACCAACAACGUCUCCUGUGUGUCUGUGUCCAGGAACGGGACGUACCUGGCGUCAGGACAGGUCACCUUCAUGGGCUUUAAGGCUGAUGUAAUAAUCUGGGAUUAUGCUAAAAGAGACAUUCACGCUCGACUCGUCCUCCACAAAGCCAAAGUGGAAGCACUCGCUUUCUCUCCCAAUGAGAAAUACCUGGUGACUCUGGGAGGACAAGACGACGGCAGUAUCGUGGUGUGGAACGUGCAGACGAAGGAGGCGAUCUGCGGGAGUCCGGCGUCGGCCCACAGCGCAGGUCACUGUCUCAGCAUCAACUACUGCAACCUCAGUGAUGACGUCUUCAUCUCAGCAGGACAUGGUACGCUUCGUGUGUGGGAGCUCGACCUCCCCAACAGGAAGAUCCGCCCCACCGAGUGUCAAACGGGGCAGUUAAAGAGGAUAAUCAAGUGCAUCGAGAUUGCAGAGGACGACUCUUUCUUUUACUGCGGCACUACGAGUGGAGACGUGCUCAGAGUAAACCUGAAGAGUCGCCUGCUGAACAGCUUCGGACCUCAAAAACACCGAUUCAGCAACGGUGUAAAUGCUCUGAAGAUGUUGAAGACUGGAGAUUUGUUGGUGGGAUCAGGAGACGGGACGUUCAGCCUCUGUUCCAGCACAAACUUUAAAACCCUCAAGAGUGUGACUCUGGAGGGUGGCGUGUCGUCCGUGGCUCUGCGUGGUGAAGGACAGCAGGUGUUUGUGGGCACUGAGGCGUCUCAGAUUUACAGGUUGUGUUACACCGACUUCACUCCGCAGCUCAUCACCUCCAGCCACUGCAGUGCUGUUUGGGACGCAGCCUUUCCUGAAGGAACGUCGGAGCUCUUUGCCACUUGUUCUCAGGAUGAUAUCCGUGUUUGGAACACAGAGUCCAGUAAAGAGCUUCUACGAAUCCGAGUCCCGAACAUGACGUGUAACGCGAUCGGCUUCAAGCGUGACGGCCGGAGCAUCUACAGUGCUUGGAACGAUGGGAAAAUCCGUCUGUUCACUCCCGAGAGCGGCCGCCUGAUGCUGAUGAUCCCCGACGCUCACAGCAUGGGCGUGACGGCGUUAAGAGGAACCAGCGACUGUAAGCGCCUUGUGAGCGGGGGAGGAGAGGGACAGGUGCGAGUCUGGGAGAUCCUGCAAGACACACACAAACUCAUCGCCAGCAUGAAGGAGCACAAAGCCUCAGUCAACGCGGUCAAGAUUAAAAGUAAUGAUAAGGAGUGUGUGACAGCCAGUUCAGAUGGGACCUGCAUCAUCUGGGACCUGGUGCGCUUUGUGAGGAAUCAGAUGGUUUUAGCGAACACACUGUUCAAAAGUGUUUGUUAUCAUCCAGAAGAAUAUCAGAUCAUCACCAGUGGAACAGACAGGAAGAUUGGCUACUGGGAGGUGUAUGAUGGAGCAGCUAUUAGAGAGCUGGAGGGCUCACAGUCAGGGGCCAUCAAUGGUAUGGACAUCAGCUCUGAGGGAGGACUCUUCAUCACUGGUGGCGAUGAGAAGCUAGUGAAGGUGUGGCGUUAUGCUGAUGGUGAUGUCACACAUGUGGGCGUCGGCCACAGUGGCAGCAUCAGCAGCGUGUGCUUGUGUCCCAACAAUAGAUUCAUCAUCACCACCAGCACAGACGGAGCCGUGCUCAGAUGGAGAUUCCCAAGCUGCACAUAAACCACAUCCACAACACACUCAAACCACACCCACAACACACUCAAACCACACCCACAACACACUCAAACCACACCCACAACACACUCAAACCACAUCCACAACACACUCAAACCACACCCACAACACACUCAAACCACACCCACAACACACUCAAACCACA